AUGUAUAUUAAACAAAUUAUCAUUCAGGGCUUCAAGAGCUACAAGGACCAAACCGUCAUUGAGCCUUUCUCGCCCAAGACGAACGUCAUUGUCGGUCGCAAUGGCUCUGGCAAGAGUAACUUCUUUGCGGCGAUUCGCUUCGUCUUGAGUGAUGCCUACACCCAGAUGAGUCGUGAGGAGCGCCAAGGCCUCCUCCACGAGGGGUCCGGCUCUGCCGUCAUGUCCGCAUACGUCGAGAUCAUCUUCGACAACAGCGACGAUCGCUUUCCAACAGGCAACAAGGAAGUCGUUCUGCGACGCACCAUUGGCUUGAAAAAGGACGAAUACUCUGUCGACCGCAAAGUAGUCACAAAGACCGACGUCACAAAUCUUUUGGAAGCUGCGGGCUUCUCUCGCUCCAACCCAUACUAUAUUGUCCCGCAGGGUCGCGUCACGGCUUUGACAAACAUGAAAGAAUCCGACCGACUCAACCUGCUCAAGGAAGUCGCGGGCACACAGGUCUACGAAGCGCGCCGCGCCGAAUCACUCAAGAUUAUGAACGAAACAAACAACAAGCGCGAAAAGAUCGACGAACUCCUCGAAUACAUCAAAGAGCGACUGGCCGAACUUCAAGAAGAAAAAGAAGAACUGCGCGGCUUCCAGGACAAGGAUCGCGAAAGACGUUGUCUCGAAUACGCCUACCAUCACCGUGAACAGGUCACUAUCCAAUCUGCGCUGGAGGAUAUUGACAACGCGCGGCAAGAUGGCCUGGAUACUACCGAGUCGCGUCGUGCCGAAUUCAUUCAGGGUGAAAAGGCAAUGGCCAAGUUUGAUGCCGAAAUCCAUAAACUACAGCGCCAGAUUGAGCUUUUGCAAAUUGACCGCAGUCAGCUGGAGGAGGACCGCCGCGAUAGUGCCAAGACUCUGGCAAAACUCGAGCUCAAGGUCAGAAAUCUCAAGGAAGGCCAAUCGGCCCACGAACAAGCACGCACUCAGCAAGCCACAGAGCUACAGUCUGUGCAGAGUGAUAUUGCAGCCAAGGAGAAUGAGCUCGCCAAGCUUCUUCCCAAGUACAACAAGAGAAAGCAGGAAGAAACUGAAAUUCGCAGGCAGCUUGAUGCCGCUGAGGGCACCCGCAGCCGUCUUUUUGCCAAGCAGAGUCGAGGCUCCCGGUUUAAAAACAAGUCCGAGCGUGACGCCUGGCUAAAGCAAGAGAUUAAUGAGCUCACCGUCACCACUAGCACACAAAAGGCAAAUCGCCUAGACGCUGACGAGGAAGUGCAGCGCGUUCAGCAGAUUAUCGCCCAUGGGGAGGAAGAAAUUGCUGAUCUGCGAUCUCGCCUCGCCAACUGGAGCAGCGACAGAACUGGCUACGCCGACCAGGCAGCCGAGGCUAGACAAGCUCUGGAUCAACUAAACGACGAGCGCAAACAGCUGCGCCGCGAGGAUGACAAGCUUAAUUCAGUCAUCUCCAACGCACGCCAGGAGAAAGAGCAGGCGGACCGAGAAAUGUCACACGCUGUUGAUGGAGCCACUGCCCGUGGUCUCGCGACCAUUCGGCGAAUGAAGCAAGACCAGGACAUCCCCGGUGCUUAUGGUACCCUGGCUGACUUGCUCCAAGUCAACGAAGCAUACCGCUUGCCGGUUGAGCAGAUUGCCGGCUCUAGCCUCUUCCACUACGUUGUCGACAACGCCGACACUGCUACCUACUUGGCCGACAUCCUGUUCAAACAGCGUGGUGGACGAGUCACAUUCAUGCCGCUCGCACAGCUCCGAUCGCGACACAUCAACAUGCCAAAGUCAAGCGACGCGGUGCCACUCCUCAGCAAGAUCAGCUUUGAUUCCAUGUAUGAGAGGGCAUUUCAGCAGGUAUUUGGAAAGACUGUUGUGUGCCCCAACCUGGCAGUGGCUGCACAGUACGCUCGCAGCCAUGGCGUUGACGGUAUCACUGUGGAAGGUGAUACGACCAACAAACGAGGUGCUAUGACCGGUGGUUACAUUGAUCCUAGAAAAUCGCGACUCGAAGCAGUACAGUCUGCAAACAAGUGGCGACGCGAAUUCGACGACUUGAUUACGCAGUCUCGCGAGUUGAGAGAGCAGAUUGAGCGCAAGGACCAGGAAAUCACGGCAGCCAUGUCCAAUGUGCAGAAGGCAGAGCAAAAGCUUCGACAGGCCGAGGACGGUUUUGAGCCUGUGAAGCAUGAGCUGCGGAACAAGACUGCGCACAUUGAGGCUGAGAGAGCUCACCUUGAGGCUGCCAUGAAACGGCGCGACGCUGUGGAGAAGAACAUGAGCGUGUUCAUGGAAGAGGUAGCUGCUCACGAAGCUGAGUUGAGCACUGAAUUCAAGAAGAGCUUGACUGCGGUUGAAGAGCAGGAACUUGAGAGUCUGAGCCUCACGACUCAACAGCUUCAGCAGCAAUGGAAUCAAAUCAGCAAUACUAGACGAGAGCUGGAGCGCAGGAAACAGUUUCUCGAAGUUGAUCUCCGCCAGAACCUGCAAAUGAAGCUAGACCAGCUCAACAGUCAAGCCUUUGAGAACUCUGCCUCAUCAGGUACAUCUGGGGGUCUGGGCGAUGUGCAAAAGGAGCUCAAGAAGGCACAGACAACGCUAAAGACGGUCACCAACGGCCUGCACGAAACGGAGCAGCAGAUCGACAACCUCAGGACUCGUGCCGAGACCCUCCAUGCCGAGCGCGGCCAGCGCGAACAGGCGCAAAACGAAAUCUCGGCGCGGAUCGAGAAGCAGCAGAAGCGCCUGGAGAAGAGCUUGCAGCGCAAGGCGCUCCUCACAACGCAGGCCGCGGAGUGCGCCAAGAAUAUCCGGGAGCUGGGCGUGCUGCCCGAGGAGGCGUUUGACAAGUACGAGAACAUGGAGGCCAAGGUCAUCACGAACAAGCUCAAAAAGGUCAACGAGGCGCUCAAAAAGUACAAGCACGUCAACAAGAAGGCCUUUGAGCAGUACAGCAACUUUACGCAGCAGGAGGACCACCUGAUGAAGCGCCGCAAGGAGCUCGACGCCUCGCAGGGCUCCAUCGAGGAGCUGGUGGAGCACCUGGACCGCCGCAAGGACGAGGCCAUUGAGCGCACGUUCAAGCAGGUGUCCAAGGAGUUUGCCAGCAUCUUCCAGAAGCUAGUGCCGGCCGGUCACGGUCGUCUUGUCAUUCAACGCCGGACGGACCGUCGCCAAGACCUCGAGGAGUCGGACGAGGAAGCGCGCGGCAGCGUCGAGAACUACAUUGGUGUCGGCAUCAGCGUCUCCUUCAACUCGAAGCACCUAGACGAGCAGCAGCGUAUCCAGCAGCUCAGCGGUGGUCAAAAGAGUCUUUGCGCGCUCUGCCUCAUCUUUGCCCUGCAGCAGACGGAGAGCAGCCCCAUGGUCAUCUUUGACGAGGUCGACGCCAACCUGGACGCGCAGUACCGCACCGCCGUCGCGGCCCUGCUCGAGAGCAUCUCCAACGAGGCCGGCACGCAGUUCAUCUGCACCACGUUCCGCCCCGAGAUUGUGCACACGGCCGACAAGUGCUACGGCGUCACGUUCCACAACAAGACGAGCGGCGUCAACUGCGUGCCCCGCGAGGACGCUCUCAACUUUGUCGAGGGCCAGGCCAAGCCCGUGUGA